AUGUCAUUUGGUGGUAGUCAAAACGGCGGCCGCCGCGCGAGCAAGUGGGACCAGCCGAGUCCCGACCCCGGUGCUCCGGGGGAGGCUGAGGCGGCACCCACCGGGGCUCUGGACGCUGCUGCCGCCGUGGCCGCCAAGAUUAAUGCCAUGCUGGUAGCGAAGGGUAAACUCAACCCGUCGCAGAUAGGCGCACCUGGGCCUGUUGAUAAGAUUAUGGGCGUGGGGAAACCUCAGGUAGCACCCAAGGCCAAAGAUGACCUAGUCGUGGCAGAGGUCGAGAUCAAUGAUGUCCCAAUCACAUGCCGGAAUCUCUUAACACGAGGACAGACACAGGAUGAGAUCAGUAAAGUGAGCAGUGCUGCGGUGUCCACAAGGGGGCGCUACAUGACUGCAGAGGAGAAGGGCAAAGCGCCACCAGGGGAUCGGCCUCUGUAUCUUCACGUUCAAGGACAGACGCGAGAGCUCGUGGACCGAGCUGUAAACAAAAUCAAGGAAAUCAUCACCAACGGAGUAGUAAAAGCCGCGACCGCUUCCUCGUCCGUGUCUUCGUCUUUUUCGUCCACUGCCACAUCAGUGACCGCUUAUCCGCAAGGACCUCCGCCGUCGCUGCCCCCCAUGAAACCACACUUCCAGACCGGGAUGCACUAUGUUCAAGAUAAGACUUUCGUGGGCCUGGAGCACGCCGUCCCGGGCUUCGCUGUUAAAGAGCGGGUGGAAGGUCCAAACUGUUCAUACCUGCAGCACAUCCAGGCGGAGACGGGAGCCAAAGUCUUCCUUAGGGGUAAAGGCUCGGGCUGUCUGGAACCGACGUCCGGAAGAGAGGCUUUUGAGCCCAUGUAUAUCUACAUCAGCCAUCCCAAACCUGAAGGUCUUGCAGCAGCGAAAACAUUGUGUCAGAACCUUCUUCAGACUGUCCAUGCAGAGUAUUCCCGCUUCCUCAGUCAAAUGAACACGAUGAUGCCAUCACAGCAAGGCUUCCCACCACCCCCAGUGAUGAACGGGAUGCCUCCGCAACCUGCUUACUACCCACCAGCUGGUUUCCAACCAGGCUACCCCAUGCCAGUGCCCCCUCCUCAGCACCAGCCUCCACCCAUGCCCUACUCCAUGCCCCCUCCCAUUCCUCCGCCCGCACCCCCCAAGGUUGUCAUGCCUCAGUUCCCGCCCACUCCCGGUCCUCCCCCGCCACCCCCCAAUAUAGCCCCGCCUAUUUGUCCGGCUCCGCCCGUCACAGCUCCUCUUCCGACACCUAUUCCGCCUCCUGUUCUUUCUUCCGUUCCUGCUCCUGUUCCUGCUUCAGUUGUUCAGACAGUUCCCCCGGUGACCUACGUCCCAUCGGCUGUGGCUCCGCCCAAAGUUCUGCCUCCUCCGUCGAUGACGACCAAUCCAGCGCAGAAACGACGCUUCACUGAAGAAGUACCUGACGAGUGCGACAGUAACCUUCUCGGCUAUCAGCAUGGACCCAUUCAUAUGACUAAUUUAGGUGCAGGCUACUCCGCUGGCAGCCCCGAGACAGCAGGACCCCCAGUGACGAGUUCCUCGGGCCUGCCGAGUGAGAGGGACGGUCGGCAGCUAAUGCCUCCACCGAUGAUUCCCGUAAAUGGCGCCAGACCUAAGAUGGAGGAGAGAAGGCCACUUCAAGGCCCUGUGGCAGAACCUGCAGGAAAGAGACUAAAAACAGGCUUGGUUGCAUACGCCGGCGACUCUUCUGACGAAGAGGAAGACCACCCGAGCGCCAAAGCCUCAGGGUCAGGUAACCCGGGGGGCUCACCGUCGGCCUCCUUAGAAUGGAUUCAGGGGUACCGCUGCCCACCCCCGCCUCCGCCUCGAGCUAAAGCGCAGUCACAGCAGUCCAUGCCCUUCUGGAUGGCGCCGUGA